AAGGAAACCAGGAAAAAAGCGCGUUGCGUUACAGGCUUGAGUGACAGCGAGCGUUAUGCGUUACGCUACAACUUACCAUGAAACUGAAAGGCUUCCGGGGGAAUUUGUUAAUAAUUUAUCACGUGUAAGCAAUUUCGCUUUCGAACUCGCCACAUGUUCGCUUCGACGGGGGUUUGUGAAACUGCUAAGGAAGCAGUUCGGGAGGGUUUGCCAUGGCUCUUCAAAGCCCUGAGAGUUUGCCGGUUGUGUUAGAAUGUUUCUCUCGUCUGACGUUUGCUAAAAAGAGAAACUGUGCCUCAACAAUGGAAGAUGAUGUUAAAGAAUACAACAACGCAGGAAGGUCUGCUGAAACAAGGGAGGAAGACCAAAAACCAUGCUCUGUUAAAAUGCAAUCUAGCCAAGAGGAGACCCAGUCAAGGCCACACUCAAGUACCCAAGAUGACAGAAUUAUAAUGCAUUCACUGUUGAAUGAAACUCUUGAAACCCAAAUUCUUAACACUGUGAGAGAUAUGCCACACCCUUGCACAUUGAGCGAUAUUUUCCACAAUGUCACCAAUACCAAUGAAAAAAGUGUAAUUGAGUGUAUCAACGAACUCGAGCGGGCAAGAAAGAUCACCAGAAUUCUUGACAUGCCUCCAAUGUGGGGAAUUGCCAACGCAACUGGAGAACUUCAGGAUAAAGUUGCUGGCGGGGAGACUGAGCAGACUCUGGUAGCAGACUAUGAAUCAGAUAAAGAUGAAGAGGAAUCACAAGAAGAGUUCACUGAUGGAAAUGAGAGUUUGCUUCGCCAAGAUAAAGACAAACGUCCAGAUGAGAGAAUAGAUGUAGUUGAUGGACAUAGAAAGCAAGAUCUAGCAGUACCAAACACAGAAAGCACCAAGUCAUCAGAAGAACCCUUGACGCUAGCAAAUCAGGCAAUGUCACCCAGUGAUCCUGGCGGUUGUGAACACACCUCUGGUCCAUCAAGCUUGCCUGAUUUGGCUGGUGAGGAGCCUGGCUCUAUAGGCUCGCAUAGACCCCCUGCAUCUUCUGUUCGUCAGAUUAAAUCCCUUCCAUCUACUACUCAUGGCAGGCUGGUCCAACCUAAUCCAGCUUCACAUGCACCACCUCCAAUCCCUGGGGGAUCUGUACGAUCAUCAGGAGGCCCACCUCCACCUCCCUCAGCUCACCUGUUCAGCGCCUUGAUGUCCCAGUGCACUAGAAAACCUUCCCCUGUGGUCAUGUCAGCGAGGCCUACCUUCUCACCUUCUUUCAGUUUAAACCAACAGUCUCCAAGGAUUGCAUCACCUCGUCCACUGAUGCAGUCAUUUGGUCCUCGACCGACCCGACCUCAGAUGUCAGCUCCAAGAUUGACCUCAGCUUCCUUGAUAGAUCGUGAAACAUUAGAUUGCGAUCCAACCAAGAUGAUGCCACCAUUGCUUGGUUCUGUUCGCCAAAAUGAUGUUCGACAAAACCAGAUUUCUAAAGCGGGGAAUCCUAAAGAAAUACCUGCAGCACCUUCAAAGAAGGAUGAAGCCGCAUUUGUCUCCAGCCAGUCAAGCAGGGCAAACUUUGAAGGACACAUGCAACUACAAACGAAUCAUUCUCGUCAUAAUACAUAUGGACCAACUCCAGCAGAUACAACCCAAUUGCCACAGGCAAGAGCUCCUUUCGUUGGUCAAGGUUCAUCUGGCAAUUCCUCCAAGCCGGGAAAUUCCAGGCUUCCACCCCCUCCUUCCGCACAUCUUUUCCAAAACCUGGUUAAUCGAGGUCCCCAAGCAGUGCCCACUUCCAGCAAGAGUCCUAUGGCCGUUAUACCUCAAAGAGCUUCAAGACUGAGUGAUCUUGAAACAAAAGUACUGGACUUUAUGAAGCGGGAAAGGAAAUCGUGUGAAACACUACGUCUGGCCCAACAGUUUGGUUUCCAUAGAAAGAAGGACAUCAAUCCAACUCUCUACAAACUGCAGACAUUAGGCUUGAUUUACAAAAUGCACGAUCAUCCUCCGACCUGGAAAGUGCGACAAGAAGUAAGCUCGCUGACUUUUCAAGGUUCAAAAGCAGCUGAAUCUGGUUGUAGUGAAUCUGCUCAGAAGAGACAUCACCCUGAUGCCGAUGAACAAGGACAAAUACACCUAGGCGUGAAGAGGCAUGCUGAACAGAGACAGUCUUCCACAUCACCUCCUAGAGCAGAGUCGAGUUUCUUUGAACCACCACGGCCUGCUCCUGCGAGCUACAUGUCCAGCCCACAGUUACCACCUGCAGCCCUAACUAUUUCCCCCAUGUCCAGCAACAACCUUCCAGAUGUACUCUCCAGUGUUGCUUAUGCCGCCAUCAACAAGAAUCCCGUCAGUGCUCUCAACGAGUAUGUGCAGAAAAACAAGAUGGAGCUGACAUUUCAGACCGUCAGCCAAGGCCGUGCCUUCGCGAUUGCCGCUAAGAUCAAUGGAAAGCUAUUCCCUGCAGCAGAAGCACGAAACAUGAAAGAUGCCAGACGCGAGGCAGCGGAUGUCGCACUGAGGACAUUGCUUGGCGGGAGUGCAAAUUUGGGUGCUGAGGAGGGGUCGCCCUUGAACAUUACUGACCCCCCUGCAAGCGUUUUGAGCAAAGUCCGCACACACUUCGAUCUCAUAGCUGCACUUUCACAUCACACAUUUCUGCAAAUCGCGGCGUCAAUUUCCGAUAAGUUCGCUGGGAGGAAGGUCGUGGCGUGUAUCAUCAUGAAAACAGGCGCUGACCACUCUGGUCGAGUGGUUGCCGUGGGGACUGGUAACCGAUGCGUGACAGGUAAGCGUUUGAGCAUGGAAGGAAAGGCAGUAAAUGACUCUCACGCCGAAAUAGUGGCUCGGAGAUCUCUUUUGAGAUUCUUCUACGGACAACUAAGCAGUUAUUACGAUGGGAAAGAAUCCAUUUUCGCACUGAGCAAAGGCUCUCGGAGGCUCGUUGUCCGUGAGGAUGUGUCAUUUCAUCUAUACAUCAGUACAGCUCCUUGCGGAGAUGGUGCUUUGUUUACGCCCCGUGAGGAACCCAACACGGACAUGUCAGAGCACUCAACAGAGCACAAUCCUACAUUCACUACCAAGCAACAGGGCAUCUUACGAACAAAGAUUGAAGAUGGUGAGGGCACUAUUCCAAUUGACCCCUCCGACAGAAUUCAAACAUGGGACGGGCUCUUACGUGGAAACAAAUUGCGCACCAUGUCGUGCAGUGAUAAAAUAUGCCGCUGGAAUGCCCUUGGACUUCAAGGCGCUCUCCUGAGUCACUUUAUUGAUCCCGUUUACUUGGCAUCGCUCACUCUGGGCUACUUGUAUGAUCACGGUCAUCUUUCACGUGCAGUUUGCUGUCGCCUUCAGCACAACAAUAACCUCGACACCCAGCUGCCAGCCCCAUAUCACGUGAACCACCCGUGGCUUGGUCGUGUUACGGCAUACGAGCCUCCACGCGAGACAGAAAAGACCAACAACCUCAGCGUCAAUUGGUCCAUUGGAGACACGUGCACUGAAGUGACUGAUGGGCGUACGGGAGCGUGUAUGACACGAACACAGAACAGUCCCACGCCCUCGCGUAUCUGCAAGGCCGCGCUUUAUGCGUCGUUCAAGGAGAUUGGUGCCAAAGCUGGCCGUCCAGAACUCGUGGAUGUUGAAACUUACCGCGACGCUAAGAAGAUGGCCACCGAUUUCCAAGAAGCCAAACAGAAACUGUACGAUCAUUUUAGAUCCUCGAGGUACGGUCCGUGGGUUAGUAAACCGAUGGAACAGGAAAUGUUCUAACUGAUUAAAAAAAUGUCCUCUCACAAAACAUUUUCUCGAUGAGAAGUACAGAACGCCAAUAAUGUCGGCAACCAAUUUGUUUUUAAGGGAUAAAAACCUUACCCGAGCACACAGAUAAUCGAGUUCGUCAGAGAACUGACUGGGAUUUAAUUUAUCGUGAAAACACUACUCUAUAAACAAUACUACGUUUGCUCAAGUUAAUAAGCUGUAAAACCAGCUGUACAGUGUAUAUUUCCGUUUAUCAUAACCAAGAGUAGUACAGCACAAGUUUCAGAGACUUGAAAGACGUUUUAAAGUUGCAAUAAGAAUUUUUUUUGUACGUGUUAAAAUGGUACUUUCUUUCGUUCGCGUUUAGCUCCAAAAUACGCGGAACUUGGUCAGUUCACGUUUUUGUUUUGUACUUCCUGGAGGACGUGAAUAUCAAUAUAUUCGAUUUGUAACUGAACGCCGUCUUUGACAUCUUUAAAUGUUUUCCCGAGGAUAGAACGAAAGCGCGUAAGCUCCCCAUUUAAAACAUGGUUAGUUUCGCGCACGCAUGGUGUCAACUAAAGGAUGGUUUUCGCAUACGCAGUCGCAGUAAGGUGCUGCUAGAUAGCGCUUUUUGUUAGAGGGAAAUUUUCAUAACAAAAGGCUCUAUCACCAUGUUAUGUCGACUUGUGCUCAUGCGCUGGUGAUAAUCAGCCUAAACUGGCGUUUUGCUGUUGAGAUUUGUUGUGUUUGUGGCUUCGUGGGAUGCCUGCAGAUAUUAAAAAAAAGUUUAUUUUAUAUGUAAAGGUUGAAAGAAGAAUUACAUGAAAAUACAAGACUAUAUAAAUAAGAUUCCAGUGCUACUCUAUACUAAUUUUAGACUGAUAUUCACAUUAAAUAGAAAGGUUUUAGUAAAAAAAAGUCACUAUUUACGAAUUUUAAAGAGGAUAAGUGCUCUUCACUCGUCGCGAAUGGAAGAACGUUAAUAUUUUCCGGAAUUUUCCAGUAAAGUGGACAACUUGACGAGCUAUAUCCAAAUUUUCGAAGAUUUCUACCGGGAAUAUCCGUUAAUUUUCCUCCCGAAAUUUUCGAAGGUUGGGUUGAAUGGUUCGCAUAUCGGGAAUUCAACAAUUUAGUUAUUUUCUGGAAAUUGUCCAAGGAAAUUUUCGUGCGAUUUGCCCUAUUUCGAAAGUUACGAAACUUUGUAUCAAGAGGAUUCCAAAUUGGAGAGUGAUAUCGAUUGUAACUGAUGCCAAAACCCAAAUGCAUAAAAUAUUAUUCCUAUAAAACAAUGCACAGUUAGUAUUAUUAUUUGGCAUAUUAUUUUCUAGAAAACAUGGCAUUUCAAAAGUUUAAAGUUUUGUCACCAUCCCGUUUAGUUCAGAGUUCUUAGUUCUGCCAUUCGUGUGUUCAUGUUUCUUUUUAACUGCGACUCCAUUCAUUGUAACAUCGCCGUUUCCAUGUGACCUAUGAUGAAUUGUCCCGUUGCGGUUUAUAUCUGCCAGAGUCAUUGUUUGUUCCUGGGGAAAGGAAUAUCGGUUGUUAUGGAAACCAAGCUCUUCUAAGUCUGUGGAUGCCACGUGACUGGCAGCGACGUUCCAUUUUGCAUUUUGAUGACGUCUCAGUAGAAAUGAAUACUGCGUGUUGAGUUGGUCUUCUUCUCCUUUUUUGACAUUGAAAACGAACCUUUUGGUGAACUUUCCAAGCGUUCCGAGCUUAUCGCCGAAUUUUAUCAUAACGAUUAUAACGCAAACCUCCACGAAAACAGCAAACACGCAGAACGCUAUUACGAUGACUACUGCCAUGAACAAACCACUGAAAUUUAUGAUCCCGAGCCGGUUAAAUGGCUUCAAAUCGCAGCUCUUUUUAUUGAACCAUCGACUCUCUAUGGCAUGAAUCGAGCCGUUCUCUUGAUGCUUUAACACCGCUUGAUUGACGUCUUGUAACCAUGGCGACCCUUUUUGUAGCGCGAGUCCCAGUCCAAAGUUAAAGAAGUUUGGCCCGGCAAGACUAUAUGAGCAGUUUUCGUCGUUGUUAGCCACUUGGCUGAGUGAGAGAUAAUCUCCGACUAGGCCAUUAAUUUCCCUGCAAAAGACGGUAAUAGUUACAAAUAAAUGUCUAGCAAAUUACUUUACAGAAUGGCCCAUUUCCCCCUAUUAGGAAUCGUGAUAGUUGUACCAUGAUUCCCUGCGUGCGCAACUCAUAGAGGGGAUGAGUUAUGAGGAAACAAUAACCAAUGUUUUGGGCCGAACGUAUAACUGUACAAGGCGUUUUCUUCUAAGAGCACAUGGGGCCCAGGCAAACCGUUUGUGUGCUGUGCACAUUUACAAAUAUUUUGUUAGCAAAUGUAUGGGAUUUACAGAACACUUCGCAGAAUUGCAUAAAAUCACGAGAAUAUGAACAAAUAGUUGCUCAAUAAAAGUAAAGGUAUCUUUUUUAUGGGGUACUGUCGUUCUCUUGGCUCAAAAUUGCCAAUUUCAGCAGGCUUGAAGGAUUCAGUUUACAUUCGCUGUUUACUAUUCAUAUGAUAAUAAUA